CGAUUCUCGACAAGACCACCGCCUCUGGGACACCCUGCACGAGUUUCGAUCAUCGAUCAACAGAGCUCGCCCAGCAUGCCUCCUCCGCCGCAUCAAAAGCCGGAGAAUGUCCUCAAGAGGGCGCAUGAGUUGAUGGGAGUUGGCCAGUCUUCAGCCGCUCUAGUCCUGCUCCAUGAGCACAUCACCUCGAAGAGAUCCAGAAAUGUUCCGAUCGCGUCGCUGGAGCCGGUGAUGCUCCUGUUGGUGGAGCAGUCCGUGGAACAAAAGAAGGGAAAACUCGCGAAGGACGCCCUAUACCAGUACAAAAAUAUCAGCCAGAACACCAACGUCGGAACCAUCGAGCUCGUCCUCAAGAAAUUCAUCGAACUCGCGGAGACCAAGGUCCAGGAGGCUCAGGCCAAGGCAGAUGAAAUCCAGAGCACCCUCGAGACUACUCAAGCAACCGCCAGUAUCGAUGAUCUCGAGGCCAGCGAAACCCCAGAGUCGAUUCUCCUGUCCACCGUAUCCGGCGAGCAGUCUCGCGACCGCACAGAUCGAGCCAUCGUCACUCCUUGGUUGAAGUUUCUGUGGGAGACUUACCGCACCGUUCUCGACAUCCUCCGCAACAAUGCUCGCCUGGAAAUUAUGUAUCAGAGCACUGCCAUGCAGGCAUUUGCCUUCUGCCAGAAAUAUGCACGCAAGACCGAGUUCCGCAGACUCUGUGAGCUCCUGAGGAAUCACGUCCAGACUGCUGCCAAGUACUCCGCUCAGCAGAUGCACGCUAUCAACCUGAACGACCCAGACACUCUCCAGCGCCAUUUGGAGACGCGUUUCCAGCAGCUGAAUGUUGCGGUUGAGCUCGAGCUGUGGCAAGAGGCUUUCCGCAGUGUUGAGGACAUCCACACCCUCCUCAACCUCAGCAAACGCCCACCGAAGAACAUCAUGAUGGCCAACUACUACGAGAAGCUUACCCGUAUCUUUUUGGUCGGUGAGAACUAUCUUUUCCACGCUGCUGCUUGGUCUAGAUACUACAACCUUCUCCGCCAGUCUGCUGCUAUUGUCGCGUCAGGACAGGGCAAGAAGUCGGAAAACCCAGCUGCAUCCGAGGCCGAUCUCACCAAGGCUGCUUCCUUCGUUCUGUUGUCUGCUUUGGCCAUUCCCGUCAUCAGCACCUCCAGAUCCCGCGGAGCCUUGAUCGAUGUUGACCAAGCAAAGAACAACAAGAACUCUCGCCUGACACACCUUCUUGGCAUGUCCGCUGCACCAACCCGCGCGGUCCUGUUCAAGGAUGCCAUGAGCAAGGGUCUUCUCAGCCGCGCCCGCCCAGAAAUCCGCGCGCUUUACAACAUCCUUGAGGUGGACUUCCACCCUCUCUCGAUCUGCCAAAAGAUUUCUCCUAUCCUGACUAAGAUUGGCGCAGACGAAGAGAUGGCCAAGUACAUUGCUCCUCUCCAGCAAGUUAUCUUGACCAGACUAUUCCAGCAACUGUCCCAGGUUUAUGAGACUGUCGAUGUGAAGUUCGUCGAGAACCUUGCCCGCUUCCCAGCACCAUUCGAUGUUUCAAGGGACACUAUCGAGAAGUUCAUCAUGAACGGAAACAAGAAGGGUGACCUUGCUAUCCGCCUGGAUCACGCCACUGGUGUCCUCAGCUUCGAUACCGAUGUCUUCUCUUCGGCGAAGGCUGUCCACACCGGAUCUGCUGCUGGCUCUGCCGAGACGGAAUCUCAAUCCGUCCAACGCCUCCAAAGCACUCCUUCAGAAAUUGUCCGCACUCAACUUACCCGCCUUGCCAAGUCUCUUUACAUCACUUGCCAAUAUGUGGAUCCUUCCUACAACCAAGCCCGGGUCAAGGCUCGCGAUAUUGCAUUAGCAAAGGCUAAGGCCGGCGCGGAGCAAGAACAUCAUGAGACUUUGGCACGCAAGGAGAUCAUCCACAAGAGAAAGGAGGCUGCUAACGAGAUUAUCGCUCGCAAGGAGAAGGAAGAUGCGACAAAGAAGAAGAUCAGAGCCGCACAACUCCAAGAGGCUGAAGAUAAGCGUCUUGCCCAGGAGCAGAAGGAGCGUGAGGAGAAGCGCAUGAAGGCUGAGCUCGACCGUGUCCGCAAGGAUGAGCUCAAGAAGCAGAUUGCCGAUCUCAAGAUUGGUACCAAGGCUCUCGAUAUCGAUCUUGAGGACCUGGACAACCUUGAUGGAAACCGCCUCCGCGCCAUGAAGCUUGCCCAGCUUGAGCGUGAGAAGAACGACACCAGCGAGAAGUUGAGAAUCGCUGGUAAGCGUAUCGAUCACAUCGAGCGUGCGUUCAGAAAGGAGGAGGCCAAGAAGCUCCCUGCCGACUACGAGGAACAGCGCAAGCGUGAUCUUGAGGCGUACGACAAGACCAAGUCGCAGGUCCUUCGGGAUGCUGAGGCGAAGCACGCCGAGGAUCUCGAGCUGUCGAAGAGACUGACAAGAAUCACACCCAUCUACGAGGAGUUCAAGACCGACGUCGUUGCCCGCAGGCACGAUGAGUUCGAGAAGCGCCGUCGUGAUGCCGAGAAGGAGCUGGAGAAGCAAAUCAACCAGCGCCGCAAGGAGCACAGGGAGCGUAAGAUCCGCGAGAAGCGUGAGCGUGAAGAGCAAGAGAGGAUUCUCCGCGAGGAGGAGGAGCGCGCCGCCGUUGAGCUCGCCGAGAAGUCUGCCCGCGAGGAGCGCAGGAGACAGGAGUUCGCCGAGCUCAAGGCCCAGCGUGACAAGGAGCGUCAAGAAGGUCUCGAGAAGGCUGCCCUCCAAGCCCGCCGUGAGGAGGAGGCCCUUGCUCGCAGAGCAGGUGCCAGAGCCACCGGUGGUCUCCCAGUCCGCGCAGCAGAGCCAGAGCGUAGCGCCUCAAGCGACCGCCGCCCACCUCUCCCACUCGCCGGCGCCAAGCUCGGCUGGAGAGAGAAGGAGGCCCUCAGAGCCGCAGGCCAAGAAGUCCCAUCUGAACGCACCGCCUCCCCCGCCGCUCCCGCCGCUCCCUUUGCCCGCACAGACUCCAACGACCGCCCGUCAGGCCCACCUCGUCUUGCCCUCGCCGGCGGAAAGCCCAGCUGGAGAGACAAGGAGGCCGCGAGAGCCGCCUCUGGCACCUCUCCCGCGCCUGAGUCCCGCGAUCGCGAGGCUCCUGUUAUCGCUCGCACCGCGUCUGGAACCGGUCCAGUCCGCGGCCGCACCGAUCGCAACGAGAACGAGCGCGAGAGUAGGUCUCCUGCGCCUCCUGCUGAGCCACUGAAGGCCAGCGGUGGUGCUGGGAAGUACAUCCCCAAGCAUCUGCGCGACAAGGCUUAGAUUUACGGAUGAUAACUAAGGGGAUAUACUGCAUGGGCUUUGCGGGAGGGGGUGGGUGGAUAGUUGGUCAUAGUAGCUAGUUUGGCUAGGCUCUGUCUCUGCUCAUCUCUCUUCAUUCUUUGAUAUUGGCGUUUAUUUUUGGUCUUUGUAAUGUAGUCGAUAGGUGGCGAGCAUUGCGAGUUGGUGGGGGAUGGGGGGAAAGGCUGACAAGCUGGAGGCCGGCCGAGAAGAAAAGUCGAGGUGAUGCCGCCAAGGGAGAUAUGGGGUGCCAUAGUGAGAGUAGCAUAGUUCAGAAAUGAAUGCAAGGUACAC